CCGCAUUACCACCAGCCGUCGGGCUACAUUUUCUCCGAGGAGAUCCCCGCCGGCCAGAAGCGCGUCCGUGAGGCCUGGGAGACCAUCUUCUACACCGGCUUCUUCGGCGGCCUUGCGCUCGCCACCGCCAUCGUCAUCUACAAGCCCGACACCUCCAUCCAGGCAUGGGCACUGCAGGAGGCCAAGCAGCGCAUGGAGGCGCGCGGCGAGACCGUCAAGUACACGCCUUCG